UCUAGAACCUCCCGGCCACUGAUGCGGCCCUUGCGUGACAUGCUCCGCGAUGGGACGGCGCCUGGUGCCGCUCUUUGGGGCCGCGGGGGUGUUGGUGACGCUCUCCUUUCUGAGGCUGAGAUUCUCUGCCGAAGAGGCUGUGGCCAGGUCCAAUGAUGUGCCAUCUCCCAGCCUCUCCGUGCCAGGUGGCAUGACCAGGCCAAUGCCAGAGAUGACCACAGGUCCUGGUGCUGUUGCUGCCUCCUUGACGACGACGACAACCACGUCAACAACGUCCACGGUAUUGGAGGUGGUGACCCCGAAACCUGUGGAUGACACCAGGCGUUAUGACUUCGUCUUCUGCGCCAACAUUGUAGGCACUCUGGGAAAUGCCCUGCAGGCGUUGAAGGCCUUUCUGAUCAUUGCCAAGAGAGUGCAAGACAGGGGUUGGCGCGUCCUAGUGCAGCUGCCUGCCUUGGGCCUGCGGGAAAUGGACUGGGCAGCCUUCGACAAAGACCAAAACGGCACGGCGCUGGGAGAGGUGCUGGAGCUGACUGAGCUGAGGAAGCUCUUCGAGAUAGACGAGGCCAGCGACGCGGUGGCCGCAACGCGCGGCUGCUGGGCGCAGGGCUGUGAUGUCUCGAUCUGGUCCCUGGCGCAGGUCCAUUCCCUGUGGCUUGCGGAGGUUGAAGUGCCACAUCUCUGGUUGGGACCUGGCAAGGAGAAAUGGAUGUUCGAACAGCUCCUCGACAACUUGGGUGCCUUGAGCAACAAUCGCCCCACUGGGCACAUGGAGCCACUGCGGAUCCACUGGGAGAUGCAGCGCUAUAGUCCCAGCAGAUGCGCGCCCUGGGUCUAUGGAUAUUUGGAGAGGCAGAUUGCCUCGGCUCUGGUGCUGCGAGAAGCUGAGGAACCAGAAGCCUGCGCCUUUGUCUAUGUGGGGCACAUCAUCCACCGCGAGGGCUGGUGGAAGUUGAAGAGUUUCAACCGCUGGGCCUUCGCCCAUCCGGAUCGCCUGCGGGCCGACAUCCCCACGGUGGCGGGGAAGAUUGGGCAGCUGCUGCAGGAGUACAAAAUCAGCUGCGCCAAUUUCUACGUCAAACUGUUGGGCCUCACAGGGCAGAACUUCGUGGACCUGGUCCACCAGGGCGCAGAACAGCACGGCGUGAACUUCACGGCCAAGCGGGUGAAGAAAGCGAACUGUAAGCUUUGCAUGGAAGGAAACACGGCGCUGCUGCGCCGCGCCGCCAACGCGCCGCUGUUGCUGGCGGAGCCGGAGUCCUUCUGGCCUGACCUGCCGGCGGAGCGACUGCGGCAACGAGGGAAACCCGUGGCGUAUAUCUACGCAGAGCUGCUGCAGAAGAGGAGGUGGGACUCCUGGCUGGAACGCUUUGUGGAGCCUCCGCCCAACAUCACGCUGCGGGUGAUGGACUGCCCGUGGCCCGGGCAGAUCUACCGCGGCAGCUGCGUGACGCCGAAGAACGGCUCGGAUGGACAGGUGGUGGAUCCCAACGAUGGAACCUAUGAGUGCUGGCCCGACAUGGACUGAGCCUGGUUUCCUGCAGAUUGCCUCGAUCAAACCGGUGAAAAGCAAGAUGGAGGUGCAAACUGGAGACUGGACAUGCUCGGGAAGUUGCUGCGGAAAAGCACCCUGAUGGUGGAAGUUCUGGAGUGAAGGCGAGUGUGCGGAAUUGAAGACGAUACGUUGGAAGGUCUGACGGAGCAACACAACACUGGCUUGGCAGUUUCAAAGGAAACACAUUUGCCAUCCCAACAAAUGGGAGGAUGAUCUUAGUUGACUCAAGUUCUUCAGGAUGGUGGGAAACCACCAACCAGUCAAGCGCUGGUGCAGUUCCAGGAUGGACAAAGUCUCCAUCGAAGUCUUGGACUCCAAAGAGAGCCACCUGUGGACAGUGCUGUCUUUCAACUGGCAGCACUUGGAACUAAUGCCCUGUUGCUUUAGAAGCAAA